AUGGAUAAUGCACUUCAAAUGUAUAAGAAAAAGAUAAAGGAGCUGCACGAGGUUAAGACUCAAAUAAAAAACAUGCUUUUUCUUGACUACGACCUGGAAUGCUUGGAUGACUAUGCAUCUGUGUGCUGUAUUCUUGCAUCACUAAACAAAGAAAAGACAGAGGAGCUACAGGAAUAUGCUUAUGGCAUGGAAAUAGAAAUGGUGAUCACUAUUGGAAGAUCCCUCGAUGCAGAUAAAAAAAAGAGCCUUGUCUCAAGCAUCGAAAAGAUUGAAGUGAUUGAUGCCGAGAUAGAUCAGUGCAAGAACGGUCUUAGAACCAGGCUUAGAUAUCUUCACAAUCUGAUGGGAGAUGACCUCUUCUUCAAGUUUAUCGUAGAGAUGGGGUGUCUUUUUUCCUUGGUAAGAGCGACUCCAUCGGAGGUGAUGAAGUACGGUAUCAAGACAUACGGGUCGCCUCUGUUAUCCCAGCAUCCGUUGGUUGCAAAGGCAUCCCCGAAGAACCAAGGAAAACUCCUCAGAAAGCUUUGUUGCAAAACCACCAUUGCUGCGAGGUUGGAUUUCUGUGAGAGUAAUUUCGAGAUAGACUUCUAUAAGCAAAUGGAAAAGAUUUUUAGCAGUUUUGAGGAUAGCAUGGUGCAGGAAAGCUCCAUCCUGAAGACUCCGCUUGCAAGAAAGGCAACAAGACGUGGAGGGAUACGUGCACGGCAAAAAAGACGAGGCUCUCCUUCACCAAAGAAAAGGAAGUUUUUGAAGCUUGGGAUCGGCGAAAUUGAUGAGUCAUGA